AUGGAGGACGUUGCGCAAACUCCGUUUAUUCGGGAGUUAGCCUCCAGCGAUAGACGAACCCGCGACAAGGCCCUUGAAUCGCUAACCCGCUUCAUCCAAAGCCGGAGAGACUUACAACUUGUCGAGCUAUUAAAGAUAUGGAAAGGGCUAUUCUUCUGCUUCUACCACUCCGACCGUCCUCUAACCCAACAAUCCCUCGCGCGCUCGCUUUCCUUUACACUCGUCCCCUCUCUCCCUGCUCAAAUCCUCCAACCAUUCCUGCGAGCAUUCUGGAUAACCAUGUCGCGCGAUUUCCACUCCCUAGAUCGGCUACGGCUGGAUAAAUAUCUCUAUCUAAUCCGGUGUUAUGUGGGUGUUGCGUUUGAGGUGUUUUUGGCGAAGGGUUUGUCAGGGGUGCGGGCGGGAGUGAAGAAGGAGCAGGGGAAAGGGGAAAGGAAGGGGAAUAAAGAGGGUUCUGGAAAGCGGAAAGGAAGUCUAGGGAAGCGGAAGAGGGGUGAAGAAGCAGAUGAAAAUGGCGUGGGGACUGCUGAGUCUGGAGACUUGGGGAUCUGGAAGGAGCUAGGAAUAUACCUUGACAUGCUGGAAGAGGGCCCGCUGUGUCCGAUUAAUUUCGACCCGGAAAAUGACAAUGGCAAUGAAAAUCCUUCUGUACGGAUGCACAAGGGGCCUGAUGGGCUGCGGUAUCAUUUGUUGGAUAUUUGGUUGGAUGAGAUUGAGAAGGUUGCUGCUGUUGAGGUUGAGGCUGAUGGGGAUGGGAAUGAGACUGGGGAAGAUGGUAGUGAGGGCAAUGAGGCGGGAAGCCCUACAGUUGCCGGGAAGACACAAGAGAAGAAGGGGCAGCUGAAAACGGGAGUGCCGAUGGAAUUACUUCUUCGUCCGAUAGUUAGGCUACAGGAGAAGAGCAUUUCGAAGCUGGUUAGGAAGCGGGCUGGGGUGGUAUUGGAUGAUGAGCGGUUGGUGGAGUGGGGAGUUAGGGAGAGGAAGAAAACUGACUAUGAGGAGGAGAAUGAGGAGGAAGAAGGGUGGGGGGGUAUUGAAGGGUGA